AUGGAUUCAGCUUCAUCUGUUUCCACUUCUUCUUCGGAGCCCCGUUCUCCUAUCACCACUCCCAGCACCACCCCACCAGCUUCUCCUGCUGCUGCUGCUGCUGCUCCUGAGCCUGCUGCCGCUCCUCUGCCCCUGUGCCAGGAGCGUCCAGCACCAGGCACCUUCAUGUUCCUGCCAACAGGGGCGCCUUGGAUGAACGAAUCACCCGACGUUGAAGGCGGCGAUCCAACAGGUCAUCCUGUCCUGAUUCUCCCAGCCACAAACGAUGAUCCCGAGAUGGCCCGGUUCCUUUUUACCACCACGAAGGACAUCAUGGAAAAUUGCAAGGCCAGGAGCUGGGGGGAGAACUACCUUCCCCUUGGGAACCAGGAGCACCCCUGGCGCGAGCCUGUCGCUCUAUGCGGCUCGUUUCCCAGGCCGACAAGCCUGAACAUCACCAGUAAGUACAAAGUACCCUGGAGAUGCCUCGAGAGCCUCGCGGUCAACAGUCCUGGUAUGCCCGCACCAUGCCUGUCGCCACAAGGCCUCGAGAAGGUCAACGAGUUUGUCAACUGUUCUCACGUUGACAAAGAUAUUCCUUGGAUCAGAAACCGGGCUGUCAAGAACACUCGCACUCGUUGGAUCAACCAGGCUCCUGUCACUCCAGCCAAGCGUGACGACUCGGUCUCGUUCACGUUUGGUCCCGCUACCCCUGGAUACAUGCGUCGCCCGUAUUCAUAUCCGGCACAUAUCAAUCAACCAUGGAGACUAAACUUAUAA